CCGCUAACCUAGCCGCUACUCACAGGACGCGCUGCUAACAGGCUAACGCUCAAUACGACUGUUUAUUCCAGCGGCGCGCUAGCUCGCUACGCUGAUAAAACUGUUAGCUAGCUGUGGCUGGGCGCUCACAGUUUGUAGUGACAGCACCGCUGAGCAAGAAUGUUGUUUUAUGAUAGUGUUUGCGUUAUUUUAGAAAGCUGAAAUUGGGCUUAUGCUGAACUAAUUCACCUCAAGCGGUUGCUGUCACACUCUUCGAGCUAACGUACGUUAACUGUCAGUUUGCUAACGUCGUCACGAAGCUAGUGUGACCUGUCUGACAACAGGAACGACUUACUGCCGCGUUAUCAGCGGAUAUGCUGGAGAUCAGCAGUACAGAGCAGAAUGGGUCAUGUGAAGGGGCGGUGGUGAUCCUCGAUGCCGGGGCGCAGUAUGGGAAGGUGAUUGACCGAAGAGUGCGAGAGCUGUGCGUACGCUCCGAGAUCCUCCCUUUAGAGACCCCAGCCUUUGCUAUCAGAGAACAGGGCUUCAGGGCAAUCAUUAUUUCAGGAGGUCCAGCUUCUGUGUACGCGGAAGAUGCCCCCUGGUUCGACCCUGCCAUAUUCACUAUAGGAAAGCCUGUCCUUGGGAUUUGCUAUGGGAUGCAGAUGAUGAAUAAAGUUUUUGGAGGAACAGUGCACAAGAAGAGUGUAAGGGAGGAUGGAGUGUUCAGUGUUGGACUGGAUAACACUUGCUCCCUUUUCAGAGGCCUUCAGAAGGAGGAAGUGGUCUUGCUGACCCAUGGAGACAGUGUGGAUAAAGUGGCAGAUGGCUUUAAAGUGGUGGCCCAAUCAGGGAACAUCAUUGCUGGGAUUGCCAACGAGCAGAAGAAACUGUAUGGGACACAGUUCCACCCUGAGGUUGAUCUAACGGAGCGCGGCAUGGAGAUGCUGCGUAACUUCCUGUUUGAGAUUGCGGGCUGCACAAGUAACUUCACCGUACAGAGCCGCCAACAGGCCUGCAUCAAUGACAUCAGAGAAAAAGUAGACAAGUCGAAAGUGCUGGUGCUACUGAGUGGUGGAGUAGACUCAACGGUCUGCACAGCACUCCUGAACAAAGCUCUGAACCAGGAUCAGGUGAUAGCAGUUCACAUCGACAACGGCUUCAUGAGGAAGAGAGAAAGUCAGAGCGUGGAGGAGGCUCUGACCAAGCUGGGAAUCAAGCUCAAAGUGGUAAAUGCAGCACACACCUUCUAUAAUGGAACAACAACCCUUCCUAUCUCUGAGGAGGACAGGACGCCACGGAAACGCAUCAGCAAGACAUUGAAUAUGACCACCAACCCUGAGGAGAAAAGGAAAAUUAUUGGAGACACAUUUGUCAAAGUGGCAAAUGAAGUGAUUGGAGAGAUGAAUCUGAAACCAGACGAGGUUUUCCUGGCCCAGGGUACCUUGAGGCCUGAUCUUAUUGAGAGUGCCUCUCAUCUUGCCAGUGGAAAGGCAGAGGUCAUCAAAACGCACCACAAUGACACUGAGCUCAUCCGCAAACUCAGAGAUGAGGGAAAAGUAAUCGAACCACUGAAAGAUUUCCAUAAAGAUGAGGUGAGAGCACUGGGGAGAGAGCUUGGCCUGCCAGAAGAGAUUGUUUCUCGGCAUCCUUUCCCUGGUCCUGGUUUGUCCAUCCGAGUGAUUUGUGCAGAGGAGCCUUACAUCUGUAAGGAUUUUGCUGAAACAAACAACAUCCUCAAAAUUAUUACGGACUUCUCUGCAAGUGUCAAAAAGCCCCAUGCCUUGCUGCAGAGAGUCAAGUCGUGCAUAUCAGAUGAAGAGGAGGAGAAGCUCAUGCAGAUCACCAGCCUUCAUUCACUCAAUGCCUUCCUGCUGCCCAUCAAAACUGUUGGUGUCCAGGGCGAUUGUCGGUCCUACAGUUACGUGUGCGGUGUCACAAGUAAAGAAUCUCCCCACUGGGAAUCACUCAUGUUCCUGGCCAGACUCAUCCCUCGCAUGUGCCAUAACAUCAAUAGAGUUGUGUAUGUGUUUGGGUCCCAUAUGAAGGAACCGCCAACAGACAUUACUCCUACUUUCCUGACGACGGGUGUUCUGAGCACGCUCAGACAGGCUGACUUUGUAGCUCAUUCUAUUCUUAGAGAGUCUGGCUAUUCCAGUAAGAUCAGCCAGAUGCCGAUCAUCCUCACCCCGCUGCACUUUGACCGUGACCCCCUGCAAAAGCAGCCGUCAUGCCGACGCUCCGUGGUGAUCCGCACCUUCAUCACCAGCGAUUUCAUGACAGGCAUCCCUGCCAUGCCAGGCAACCAUAUCCCAGAGGAGGUGGUGGUGAAGAUGGUAAAUGAGAUCAAGAAGAUCCCGGGUAUCUCCAGAGUGAUGUAUGAUCUGACUUCCAAACCACCCGGCACCACAGAGUGGGAAUAAAACGCAACAUAACAUCACAGUAUAGAGAACACGCACACACUCACACACAAUGCACAAACACAAUAAAUAUCGGUGAGGGCUGGUGAACUGCUCUCGUUUUCUGUCCUUCCAACUUUACUCCCCUCCCCAUUUCCCCUCCUCUACCCCCCCCCCCCCCUUCUCUUCCCUUAUCUUCAACAUUCCCAUGGAAGGCAGACUGUACUGUGACGAGCGCACACGCAAAGGCGCUACCGCUCUGCUCUCCCCACCACUCUAUCCUGGUCUUAAUAUUUUUGGCGAUAGGCAUUGAUAAAUGUUGGUUAUUGAUAAUAUAUUGUCAUUCUUUUUUAAAAACAAGCAUUCAUGUACAACAGUGUAUUGUAUUGCUACAUUGAAAAGGUUAAUUGCUGCUUCCAGAUGGCAAGAAGCUGUGAAAGUUCAGCUAGUGGACUUUGGUUGUUGUGCCUCAGGAUGAAUAAAACAUGAAAGCAAAUGGUAGUGUCAUUAAAAGAAAAAACGGAGAGGGCUGGGGGUUGAAAAUCUUUAGUAGUUUUUUUUUUUUUCUCCUCUCUGAUAUUUUUGUUAAACUCUCGUAGGUCAGCCUAAGGCGUUCAUUUCACUUCCUGCCUGUAUACUGUGCAUUGACAAAGGUUGUCUGAACAGAAGCUGAACAGACGAGCUAUGUGACCAAUCAACUAUUCAUAAGGUUUUUUUUUUUUUUUUUGCCAAAAGUUGAGUAUGCUGUAGUGGUCUGUAACAUUAUGAGCUCUUCAAGUUACAUUUGUUGAGCAGAGCUGUUGCUGUCGCCACGGUGGGCAGCAGUCAACCCAAGAAUAGCUUCAGUAUAAGGACUACUGUGCAGCUGUGGAGGAGGAGGAGGCCAAUAUGAUGGAUAACUUUGUAUGUGCCUGUUCUGUUUUUUUUGUUUGUUUGUUUGUUUUGUUUUUGGUGUGAUCUGACCUGGACUCUGAGGAUAUAAAACUGUUUCUCCUCAUGCUGCAAUAUGUAUGCUUUUUAUGAAGAAGAAGAAUAAAAAGGCAAGAGGUCUAAUAACUUAUAAGUACAGUAGAGUUUAUAGCCACAUUGUGUCAGUUGCUGGUGUCACUUCAUCAUGAUUUUGUUGCUCUUGUUGUGCGAGGGCAAAACAUUUGCACAUUUCGUUGUUUAUCACCCAUAAAGCCUCUGUGCUUUAUCAGCAUAACAAAUCAUACAUCCAGUGGAAACUUCACCUUAAGAGUGUCAUGCUGUCGUGUCAAAGGUCUACCCUCUGUUGUCAUCUUCGACUAAGGUUCAGUGUUUCAGAAAGGCAUUAAUGUUUCAUUUCUCUCUGUUCUGUACUGUCAGAGCAUUCGACGUAUCAUAAUCUCUUCAGUCUUGUCAUUUAGACCUCAGUGACUAUAGCGCUCAGGUUUAACUGAGUUUUAACAAGUGUACGGUAUCAUGUCAGAAGUGUCACUCAGAUGUGGUGGUGCUCAUGCCUCCAGAAUUUGUUUUUGUGCCUCUCAUCGCCCUCCUAUAUCCUUAACCUUUAGUGGCAAAGUAAGUCCUAAUGCAAAAUGAAUGGUGUUUAGGGUUUUUUUUUUUUUUUUGGCCUAACUUGUCUUAACUGCAAUUUCCUUCCCUCUGUUCUGCCUUUUUAUACAUCUGUAUUUAUGUGUCUCCAUUUAAAAAAAGAGAAAAAAAAAACAAUAGCUAAUAUUGGACAUAUGACUUUGUAGUUCAAUUUGAUUGAAAUACCCACGAGAUUAAGUUAUGCAAUUCUAUGUCUGAUUAUUAUUUUUUUUUUUGUAUGUGGGUUUGUUUUAGUCAACAAUGCUCAUUCUCCUUAGUAACGUGCCUCAAACCAAGCCACUGCAUGCAGUUUCAACUAUGACAUUUGUACGAUGGAAACUGAGCUUUAAUAAAGAUCUCAAUGUUGAAACUUC